AUGACAAACGAGACUUCCUACGCGGAUACUGAAAAACAUCUGGGCGAGCAAAGCCCGGAAAGUCAGAACCUGGAGCGUCUUGGCUAUGCUCAAGAAGUCAAGCGCAGGUUCUCCCUGCUUGCCAUGGUUGCGACAUGCGUCAAUCUUAUGUGCACAUGGGAAGCCCUAUCCAGUACUCUUGCCGCUGGUCUGGUGAGCGGAGGGCCUGUAUCCCUUGUUUACGGAUCCAUAACUGCCUUUCUGGGAUCUAUCUGUGGCGCCAUGUCGCUUGCGGAGCUGGCAUCCAGCUUCCCAACCGCUGGUGGACAGUAUCAUUUCGUCGCUAAAUUGAGUCCACGAGCGGCAAGACCGCUUUUAAGUUGGCUGGCCGGUUACAUUUCAACCCUUGGCUGGAUUUCACUCGCCGGCAGUGCCCCCUUCCUAGCCGGGACUCAAAUACAAGGUCUAAUUGUCCUCAACUACCCCGAUUACGUCUUCGAACGAUGGCACGGAACAAUGCUUUUCUGGGCAAUCCUGAUCUGCUCUGCCGCUAUCUGCAUCCUUUGCAACAACACACUUCCUCUCAUCGAAAAGAUUACGCUGGUGUUCCACGUCGAAUUCAUCAUCAUCAUCGUCGUCAGCAUGGCUGUCGUCUCUCCGACCAAACAUACUCCCGAAUUCGUAUUUACAACUUUCGAGAAUAAUUCCGGGUGGAUAAAUGACACUGUUGCAUGGAGUAUAGGUCUACUUAGCUCAUGCUACGUGUUGAUUGGCUACGAUGGAGCGACACAUUUGAGUGAAGAGAUGGAUAAAGCUGAGACUGGUGUCCCAAGAGCUAUGGUUGGUUCGAUUUUGGUUAAUUGGCCACUUGGAUUCGCAUUUCUCCUCGUCGUUUUAUUCUUCAUGGGGGAUGUUGCUUCGGCGCUCAAUACCCCCACCGGCUUCCCCAUCACUCAGAUCUGCUAUAACAUGACGGGAAGCAAAACUGCAGCGACAUGCAUGGUUAGCGCCAUCACUGCGAUGGCGGCUCUAUCCACCGUCCCGCUCGUUACCUCUGCAGCUCGUGUUAUGUGGGCUUUUGCGCGAGAUGGAGGACUACCAUUUUCACAACACAUUGCGAAGGUUGAUAAACGUCGCGAGAUCCCCACUGUAUCCGUUCUCGUUGUAACAUUCCUUCUUAUUUUGCUUGGUCUUACCAACAUUGGUUCCACAACUGCCUUCAAUGCCAUCCUCUCGCUUGCAGUUGUUAGUCUGCAAUUCACCUACCUAGUUCCCAUCGUUCUUUUGAUAUGGCGUCGUUUAUACCGGCCCGAAACAUUGACCUGGGGACCAUGGCGCUUGGGCAAAUCUGGCUUAUUCAUUAAUAUCUUUGCCGUUAUUUACCUGACCUUUACAUGCAUUUUUCUUUUGUUUCCUCCAUUUAGACCUGUCAGCGCGGCAAACAUGAAUUACGCUUCUGUAGUUCUUGGAAGUGCACUCCUGUUUGGCUGUUUCUAUUGGCCAUUAAAGGCGAAGCGGAGGUACAUUGGUCCACUGACACACAACGAGGUAUUAGAAGGGAGAAUUGAUUAG